AUGCUCGCCGAACCGAACCAACUACUCGCGAACUGGUCGAAUUAUGGGGCGGAACGAAGAGCCGUCGCGCAAAUCCCCGCCAGCCCGUCUCCACGUCCGCCACCCUUUCCUCAAAACGUGGAUAUGCCGGAGCCUUCUCCAUCAGCGAAUCUGUGCCAUGGCCAUGUCUUCAAUAACAACAAUGGACACACUACUCCAGUUGGCUCUCAGCCAGAUUCUCGCCUUUCCUUCGCUUCAUCGUCUACCGGGUACUCAUCCGCCCGCUCGUCACUUCGUUCCACAGAGGGCGCUGAUGAUGACCAUCACGAUGUUUUGUUUAGCCCUGGCAGUUCGUUGAGCGAGGCUAAGCGGCGAACGGUUUUGGCCAACGGCAACCUCACGCGCCUCCAAAUGAUCUCUUCCGAAUUGAUCGACACCGAGCGCGCCUAUGUCAAUGACUUGUGGCAGGUCAUCCAGGGCUACCUUAACUAUCUGGUCGACGCCCGCGUCGCUUUGGAGUUGACGGUGGAAGAAGUUUCGCACACUUUUGGCUGCAUCGAGAAAAUUUUCCAACUGAAUCGUCGCCUCUACGUCUACUUGGAUGAAGCCGAAUUAGAUCAUCUGAAAAUCGCUUCUUGCUUUAUCGAUUUUUCGGGGUGCUUCGACGACUACGUGACUUACUGCACAAACUAUCAGACAAUGCUGGCUACCUUGACUUCCAUCACGUCGCGCUCCGUGGUCUCUGAGGCUCUUCAACGUCGCCAGCAGCAGCUUGGGCAUUCGCUGCCGCUCUCUAGCUACCUGUUGAAGCCGGUGCAGCGCAUCCUGAAAUAUCAUUUGUUCAUGGAGCACAUCCUCAAGGAACUCACGACAUCGAAUCAUCCGAGCGAGGACGCCAGGCUUGUUAAGAAGGCCCUGGAUGUGAUGAUCGCUCAGGCUGGCCGGAUCAAUGAUGAGAAGAAGCGGGUGGAGCACCAGGAGCGCGUUCAGCAAUUGCAUGCUCUGAUCGGGCGCUGGAAGAGCAACGAACCGGUCACCGACCUGGCUACUUAUGGCGAACUUCUUCUGGAAGCCAACUUCCGCAUGGCUGGCGGCAAAGCGACCAGACUGCUUUUCCUUUUCGAGGAAAUGCUUCUGAUCGUCAAGCAGAAGGGCUCGCAGUUUGCUUGCAAGGAUUACAUCAUGUGCUCGAACCUGACUCUCAGCGAAGUGGUUUCUGAGGAUCCGUUGGCGUUCCAAGUCGGCUCUUGCGAAAACCCUCGUACCCAGCACGUGUUCUUGGCCAACAGCAUGGAACAGAAGCGCGUGUGGAUGCAGGAGUUGAAGCGAAUGUUGGUCGACCACUACGAGGCCCACAUCCCUGAGGCUUCGAAGCAGCUUGUGCUGAGCAUGGAUCACACGCAACCGAAGAGCCCGAUUUUUGAUCUGAAUGAAGUUCCCUUCAGCAAGAACCUGAAGAGGUUCCCGAAAUACCUGGCCAAUCGAAAGAAAAGCGCAGAGAACGCCAGCAGGAAGCGCAGUUCUUCUGCCAAUCGAUUGAUUGAGUCCUACAUAUCUUUGCCGUCGAAGGUUGUGAAGUUCGAUCAUUGUUCGUGUGCCAGGACAGCUAGCACUAGCGUGGCGCCUGAGGUGCCGACUCCGCGCCAGAACCUCUACGAGAAGAAGGGGCAGCGAGCUCAUGGAAUCUCGAACGGACUGCCGCGUUAUGACGGAAGGCCCAUUUUGCCGCCGGCUGAAGCCCUCGACGGAAAAGCCUGCACCUGUUGCAGCCCUCCGGCUACUGCUUGCGACACCGCUGCCGCGACCAAGCGCAUCGAUGACUUGAUCAGCAAGCGCAACGGCAGCAUGUCUGAGCCCGUCAAAUUGCGCUCAAAGUCAUUGACCCGCCUUGACGGACGAUCGUCGGAGGGAGCUGCCGUGCCUGAAGUUGUUUGCACCCGCGUGCAGCCACGCACGAGUACUCCCAAGGCUAUGACCGACGUUGGCAUUAACGACUUUCGUACACCAAAGGCGCGUCCCCCGAUCAUGGUCAUGCGCCCGUCGACAGCGGUUGAUCCGGCUAUGAUGGCAUCCGAUGUGCCGUCCCUUGAGCGCUGGCAGAUCAUGAGGACUCAGAGGAUGGGGCCGGCUCCUCCGAUUCCGGAAAGGGCCAAGAGGCGAAGGCCUCCCCCGCUCCCUGAAAACCAGAUCGUCAUCGGACCUUCUGCGCACAGUCGUUCUCGCAAGCCGAUUUCCUUGGACCAAGUCCGUCAAAUCUACAAUCUUCCGGUUGCGGACAUUGAUAUGCCGCCGCCAGACGUUCCGUCCCAGCUUGGCGUCGUCAGGGAGAUGAUCAAGCAAUUCCAAAUCGACCAU